UCAAUGGCACAAGACGCCGAAGACGGUCCAGAUUUUCUCGAUGUAGAACAACAUGGAUGGGAUUUAAAUUCACCCUUUUACAACAACAAUACAAGUCGACCUCCAAUGAAUCAAGAGGAAUUCGAUAAACGUUUCUGUUACCGAACUCCUCGAAGCUCAAAUAUUUUAAAAGAGAGAGCUUCAGCUUUGUUGCGAUAUUAUUAUAGACCUUGUUUGUCUACUAGAAGCUUAACAAAUUUCUUUUUAAAUUUCUUCCCAAUUUUACAAUGGUUACCGAAUUAUGAAUGGAAAAAUUGGUUUGCUUCAGAUAUUAUUGGAGGGAUUGUGACGGGUGUUAUGCACGUACCUCAGGCCUAUGCCCAAUUAGCUGGAGUUGAUGCCGUUGUUGGUUUAUACACUUCAUUCUUCCCUCCUCUAAUCUACAUGUUUUUUGGUACUUCUAGGCACAAUUCUAUUGGCUCCUUUGCUGUUGUAGCCCUAAUGAGUAAUGUUGCAAUGAAUAGAUUAUUUGACGCUAGGAGAGAAUUGUCUAAUAAUUUUAAUAAUUCUUCAGAUUUAAAUACUUCCCCUCUUUCCCCCAUAAUUGUUUCUUCAACGCUAGCUUGCUGCAUUGGUCUAGUUACUUUAGCAAUGGGUAUUUUAAGGCUUGAUAUGAUUAGCACUUAUUUUUCUGACCAAGUAGUUGCUGGUUUCACUACGGGGGCUUCUGUUCACGUUUUUGCUGCUCAACUAAAAUUUAUUUUUGGACUUUCUGGGUUACCAGCGAGAUCUGGGGCUGGGAACUUAAUUAUGAAAUUUUAUGAUAUUUGCAAAAGAAUUCCUCAAAUACACAUUCCAACCUUUACAGUUUCUGUCAUUUCUAUAAGCAAGUUUAUAAUUUAUUUUUUAAAACUUAAUUAUUGA